AUGGUGGGCGGGACCACAGGGCACGCCGGCAGGCCGCCGGGGACACCGAACGAGUUUCGGCUGGGCGUCCGGUUUUACACGGAGGAGCAGCCGGCCGCCGCCAUCCUGCACCUGGAGAAGGCGCUGGAGGAGUAUUUUGUGGCGGACGCCGAGUGCCGCGCGCUCUGCGAGGGACCCUACGACUACGAGGGCUACAACUACCUGGAGUACAACGCGGACCUUUUCCAGGCCAUCACAGAUCACUACAUGCAGGUGCUAAGCUGCAAGCAGGGCUGCGUUACGGAGCUGGCCUCCCAGCCCGGCCGGGAGAAGCCCUUGGAGGAUUUCCUGCCCUCGCACUUCAACUACCUGCAGUUUGCCUACUACAACAAUGGGAAUUAUGAAAAAGCCAUUGAAUGCGCCAAAACCUAUUUGCUCUUCUUCCCCAACGAUGAGGUGAUGAACCAGAAUUUGGCCUAUUACACCGCCGUCCUGGGGGAAAACCUGGCAGGACCCAUCCAGCCCCGAGAGGAGAUCCAGGCAUACCGCCAGCGAAGCCUGAUGGAGAAGGAGCUGCUCUUCUUUAGCUACGAUGUCUUCGGCAUCCCCUUCGUGGACCCGGACACUUGGACUCCCGAAGAGGUGAUACCAAAAAGGCUGCGAGAGAAACAAAAGGUGGAGCGGGAGACGGCGGCACGCAUCUCGGAGGAGAUCGGUAACCUCAUGAAGGAGAUCGAGACGCUGGUGGAGGAGAAGGCCAAGGAGUCUGCCGAUAUGAGCAAGUUCAUCCGAGAAGGUGGCCCCUUGGUGUAUGAAGGAGCCAGUGUCACCAUGAACUCCAAGACACUGAACGGCUCCCAGCGCGUUGUGGUGGACGGGGUCCUUUCCGCCGAGGAGUGCCGCGAGCUGCAGAGACUCACCAACGCAGCUGCCUCAGCCGGGGAUGGCUAUCGUGGGAAGACAUCUCCUCACACCCCCAGCGAGACCUUCUACGGCGUGACUGUCCUCAAGGCCCUGAAGCUGGGCCAGGAGGGCAAGGUGCCCCUGCAGAGCGCCUACCUCUACUACAAUGUGACGGAGAAGGUGCGGCACAUGAUGGAGUCCUACUUCCGCCUGGAGGUCCCGCUCCACUUCUCCUACUCCCACCUGGUGUGCCGCACAGCCAUCGAUGAGAAGCAAGAAGGCCGGAGUGACAACAGCCACGAGGUGCACGUGGACAACUGCAUCCUCAAUGCGGAGGCCCUGGUGUGCGUGAAGGAACCUCCAGCCUACACCUUCCGGGAUUACAGUGCCAUCCUCUACCUCAACGGGGACUUUGAAGGAGGAGCUUUCUACUUCACCGAGCUGGAUGCCAAGACCGAGACCGCGGAGGUUCAGCCGCAGUGUGGCCGCGCCGUGGGCUUCUCCUCCGGCUCGGAGAACCCCCACGGGGUGAAAGCCGUGACCAAGGGCCAACGCUGCGCCAUCGCUCUCUGGUUCACCCUGGACCCUCGGCACAGCGAGCGGGAGCGCGUGCAGGCGGACGACCUGGUGAAGAUGCUUUUCGGCACGGAAGAGGGGGAUUUGCUGCGGGAGACGGAGCUGGAGCAGGAACCGCCGGCUGCCGUCACGGUGGGGAAGGACGAGCUGUGAAAUCCCAUG